AUGGCGACUCCGAGAGCACUCGCCCUCUGCGUCCUGCUGGCGAUGGCCGUCGCCAACACCGAGGCGGCGUCAGUCGUCGUCGGCCUGGCCAAGUGCGCCGACUGCACCAGGAAGAACAUGCAGACCGAGGAAGCCUUCAAGGCUGUGCAGGUGGCGAUCAAGUGCAAGAACAGCGCCGGCGAGUACGAGAGCAAGGCGGUGGGCGGCCUCGACGGCACCGGCGCCUUCAGCGUGCCCCUGGCUGCCAACCUCCACGGCGCCGACUGCGUCGCUCAGCUCCACAGCGCCGUCUCCAACGCGCCCUGCCCCGGCCAGGAGCCGUCCAAGAUCGUGCCGGUGUCCGAGGGCACCACGUACGGCGUCGUCGCUGGCGAGAACGCCGCCACGCCGUCUGCCGCAUCGCCGGAGUGUGCGUCCAUGACCCUAUGCGGGCCGAUCAAGAAGCACAUCAUCGAGCACUUCCACCACAAGAAGCCUGUGCCGCCGAAGCCGGAGCCCAAGCCCCAGCCCCACCCGGACUACGGCCCCGUGCCCAAGCCCGAGCCCAAGCCGCAGCCCCACCCGGACUACCACCCAGUCCCUCCCACCCCCACCUACGGCGGAGGCGGCGGCGGUGGAUACCACGGACACCACUGA